AAUACGAGUCAAAUUUACUUUCCAAAAUCUAAAAAGAAAAAAAAAAUUCGAAAUCCUUCCACUAGAGAAAUAAGUGCAGUACAACCUGUGUUGUUAUGUGGCUGCUUCCAUAAAUUGAAUUUUGUGAAACUUUCAUUUCUCUUUAUCAUCUUUACAUUUCUUCUCUUUCAAUCAUUCAGAAAUACUUUCACUCACAAACCUCUCUGAAACCACAUCCUUUGAUUCCUUCGGUUUGCGCCUUACUUGCCUUGUCACAAACCUCUCCGAAACUAGUUCCCCUGAUUUCUUCAGUUCGCACCCUCGUUGCUCUGUUGCUUUCUCUGUUUUACUUUCUUUAUUUCAGAAUCUUUUUGCCCUAUUUCUGGUUCUUUAAUUUGUUCUGUUUCAAUAUUUCUGAUUUCUUCAACCGAAAAAAAAAAAAAACAUUUUUGCUUUCAGUUGUUUCUCGAUUACUAGAAAGAAUUAUCAUUUCUCGUAUUUAUUGUUAAUUUCGGCAGUUGUAUUUUAAUUAUUUUCAUUUUCUUUACUUCUGUUUCUCAAACCUGAAAAAAGUUUUAAAAAAUGGUUGAUUGCGCCUGUAUCGCGACUGUGUUGAGUCCUGUCCUUCAGGUUGCCGGGUGGUUGGCUGCUCCGAUUGGGCGUCAAUUUGAGUACUUGUUCAACUACACUACCGAUUUCAAAAAUCUGGAAACGCAAGUUGAUGAGUUGAAGAAAAAAAGAGAAGAAGUUGAGCAUACGAUUAUUGCUGCUGAAAGAAAUAUGGAAGAGAUCAAUCAGAAUGUUAAGGAAUGGCAGAAAGAUGUGGAGAAGACCAUUACUGAAGCAGAGCGGCUGAUUAAAGAGAUGUGUAAGAGAUGUGCAAGAGAACAUUACCGUAUGGUUACUGAAGCUGAAAGAAAUAUGCAAGAGGGCGAACAAGAGCUUAAGGAUUUGCAUGUGGAUAAGACCAUUACUGAAGCAGAGCCGUUGAUUCCAGAGAAAGCAAACAACCGGAGAUGUUUCAAGGGAUUUUGCCCCAACUUCAUCUUUCACUACAAACAAAGCUGGAAAGCUUUUAAAUUGAAGCGGGAUGGUAUUGAUCGCCUCCUCCAAAAAGAGAAGGAAUUGGGUCCCUUUUCCAAACCUACUAAUCCACCGGAUCGCCGGUUUAUACCUCAUGAAGAUUAUUUGACUUUUGAAUCAAGAAACUCCUUGGAAAAGAAUGUAUGGGAUGCUUUAAAUGAUGAGAAUGUGUACAUGAUUGGUGUUUAUGGGAUGGGUGGUCUUGGGAAGACCACGCUUGUAGAGGAACUUUGUAGGAAAGCCGAGAAGCGCUUUGAUGACAUUGUUUUUGUUGAGGUUUCAGAGUCUCCCGAUGUAAAGAAGAUUCAGACAACAAUUGCAAAGAAAUUAGGUCUAGAAUUAAAAAAAGAAAACGAAAGCGACAGCGAAAGCGAAAUGGCAGAUAAGAUAUAUUAUAGAAUGAAGGACAAGAAUAUCCUUUUAAUUCUAGAUAAUAUUUGGGAACGUCUAGAACUUGAUAAGACGGUAGGAAUUCCUAGCAGAGCUGAUCGUGGAAAAAAUAAACUUUUGAUCACAACAAGAAACUUAGAUGUGUUGCAGAAGAUGGAUUCUGCACAUAAUUUUGAGAUGGGCAUUUUAAACGAAGAAGAAGCUUGGACCCUAUUCACCAAAAUGGCAGGAAAAGUUAUUCAAAAACAUGAUUUGCAUCCUCUACAAAAAGAUGUAUGCAAGGAGUGCGGAGGAUUACCUCUUGUCAUUAGUGCAAUAGCUAAAGCAUUAACAAACAAGUGUUAUCCAUCUGAUUGGGAGUGUGCAUUACAAGAUUUGAAAGGACUUUCAGAAGUAAAGUAUACAAGAUUCCUUGAAAAGGAAUAUAUGAAGAUUGGCUUAAGUUACAAAUAUUUAAGUGAUGAACUUAAGAAAACGUUUUUAAUUUCUAGUCUAAUGGAAAAUAAUACUUCCAUUUCAGACUUGUUCAAACAUGUUGUGUGCCUGAAUAUACUUGGCGGAGUUAAUUUGACAAUGGAAGGUGCACGAAAGAGACUAGAUAAAUUGGUUCGUGACCUCAAAGAUGCUUGUUUGUUACUUGACGGGUUCGAAAGCGGCCAAUUUGCUAUGCAUGAUGUUAUUCGUGAUGUUGCCAUAUUAUUUGCACAUGAGGAGUACCAUGUGUUUACAACAAGAAAUGAUGUUGAACGAGAUUGGAAGGAUAGAGACAAACUCAAGAAAUGCACAAAGAUUUCUUUACCUGGUAAAAGUACUAUUAUUAGUCAACUUUGGCCUAAUGAUUUGGCUUGUCCAAAUCUUGAAUAUUUCUAUAGGACUGAUAUGCAGAACUCUUCUUUUGAAAUCCCGGAGGACUUUUUCACGGUGAUGCCAAAUCUUAGAGUAUUGAAUUUGGUUGGACUACGGCAAAUGUCAUUGCCAUCAUCAAUUCAUCAUUUGACAAACCUUCAAACAUUGUGUUUAGAUUACAGCAACAUUGGAGGUGUUCCUAUUAUUGGAAAGCUUAAGAAGUUAAAGGUCCUUAGCUUGCGAAAUUCUUACAUUAAGGAGUUUCCUACGGAAGUGGGUCAAUUAACUGAACUAAGACUGUUAGAUUUGAGUGAUUGUUAUUAUUUGAAAGUUAUUGCUCCACAUGUGAUAUCAAAAUUAUCCAAUUUGGAAGAACUUUAUUUGAAGGAAUGUCUUAUUCAGUGGAAAAUUGAAGUACUUAGGGAAUUGAAGCUCUUGUCUAACCUUACCAGUGUAGAAUUGGAUAUUGAAGAUCACAAGGUUUUGCUUGAAGAAUUCUUUACUAGAAAACUUAUCAAGUACAAAAUAUCAGUGGGAAAUUGGUGGUACAAACAUCCAACAAUUUGUGAACAAGAGUGUUUGAGGAUAUUGAAAUUGAUAUUCAAUCCUACCAUCCACUUAGAAGAAUUAUGCGGAAUCAAGAAUGUUGAACUCUUAUGCUUAGCUGAAUAUUUGGAUGAUGAAGAUGAAGAUGAAGAUGAAGAUGAUGAGGAUGAGGACACUCUUGAGCAUUCAAAAUUCCAUUUGCAAUCCAAUGAAAUCACACCGCUUUUUAAUGAAAAGGUUAUCCUUCCUGAUUUAAAGGUCUUGGUAUUGAAGAAUAUUAUUUCUAGAAAGAUUUGGGACAGUGAACUUCCAUCAUCCUCCUUUCAAAAUUUGAAAGAAUUGAUAUUGUCGAGAUGUACGAAGAUAAAAUUUGUGUUUCCUUAUACCAUAACCAAAAACCUCCAACAACUCCAAUAUCUUAAGAUAAAGGAUUGUAUUGAUUUAGAGGAAAUUGUUGCUACAGAAGAAAUAACAGAAGCAGCUGCCAGUUUUGUCUUUCCUGAAGUAACCUUUUUGGAGCUUAAAAAUCUACCGAAACUUGCAACUUUUUAUCCUGGAAUACAUACUUUGGAAUGCCCAAAGUUGAAAAAGUUGGUGGUGAAAAAUUGUGACAAAUUUAAGAUGUUGAAUUCAGAAGCAAAUUCUUUGUGCUUGGACCAUAUGGUUCACUUUCGUGAUUUAGAGGUCUUAAAAUUGAAGAAUAUUAGUUUUGAAAAGAUUUGGGAUAACCAACUUUCAACUUCUUCUUAUCAAAGUUUGACACACUUGGCCUUAUUAGAAUGUGAUAAAAUAAAAUAUGUGUUCCCCUUAUCAAUAGCCAAAAGCCUCCAACAACUCCAAUACCUUGAGUUAACAAGUUGUAAGGUUUUAGAGAGAAUUGUUGCUCCAGAAGAAGGAACAGAAGCAAGUGUCAAUUUUUUCUUUCCGCAAGUAAGCACAAUGAAGCUUCAAUAUCUACCAGAGUUUACAGAUUUCUAUCCUGAAAUACAUACGUCAGAAUGGCCAAAAUUGAAAGAGUUGGUGGUCAAAGAUUGUCCUAAAUUUAAGAUGUUCACUUCAGAGGCAAAUUCUCUAUGCUUGGACCAAAAGGUUCACUUUUGCGAUUUAAAGAUCUUAGAAUUGAAGAAUAUUAGUUUUGAAAAGAUUUGUGAUAGCCAACUUUCAACUUCUUCUUAUCAAAAUUUGACACACUUGGCCUUAUUUGAAUGUGAUAAAAUAAAAUAUGUGUUUCCCUUGUCAAUAGCCAAAAGCCUCCAACAACUCCAAUACCUUGAGUUAACAAGUUGUAAGGUUUUAGAGAGAAUUGUUGCUCCAGAAGAAGGAACAGAAGCAGCUGUCAAUUUUUUCUUUCCACAGGUAAGCACAGUGAAGCUUUAUAAUCUACCAGAGUUUAUUGGGAUACAUACUUCAGAAUGGCUGAAAUUGAAAGAGUUGAUGGUCAAAGAUUGUCCUAAAUUUAAGAUGUUUACUUCAGAGUCAAAUUCCCUGUGUUUGGACCAAAAGGUGUCUUUUUCUGGUGUAGCACAUACUCCCAAUGUAUGUUCUCAACAUGACCUCACUAAAGCUGUUGUGCGAACCCUAAAUCAAGGAUCUAAUGUCAUUAGCAUGGACUUCCAUCCACAACAACAAACUAUUCUUUUAGUGGGGACAAAUGUUGGUGACAUUAGCCUUUGGGAGGUGGGAUCCCUGGCAAGGCUGGUACACAAGUCUUUCAAGGUUUGGGACAUAUCAGCUGCUUCGAUGCCAUUGCAGAUGGCUUUGUUGAAUGAUGCUCCGAUAUCAGUGAAUAGGAGUGUUUGGGGGCCAGAUGGACUUAUGCUUGGACCCAAGUUUAUGUAAGAAAGAAGGCUAAAACCGAAGCAAUGGGAAGAGAGGGAAGGGCAACAGGAAGCAAAGAUUCUGGAGCUUGACACCAAGUUGAAGCAGAUUCAGUUCAGGAUUCACAACAACUCAAGAAAAGGGCAAUAACAGAAUAACGGUUUCAACGGAAUGAGGGGACCACGGGUACAUUGAAGAAUGAUGUGGCAGCAGUUGAAGAUAGAAGUGAAUUGGAGGGAAAAGAGCAUUAUAUGAAGCGGGAAAGGAAAGGAAAGGAAAGUAAAGGGGUUAAGCAGAAAUUGAGGAAAUACAGGGAAUUUAGGGAGAGAUCCAGCCUCUCUAGUGCUGGAGUUGUAUGAGUGCUGAGGGAAGGGUUGUACUCUGUAUUGAUGAUUUGUAUCAGUAUUAUUGUUGUGGAAUAGUAGAGACCAGUAAUGAAUUCAAGAUUUCCUUUAAUCAUAAUUCUUCCAUAUAUCA